AUGUCAUCAGGCUUCGUCUCCGCGGGGACAAACGAGGAGCCCGCGGAGCGCGACGAUGCAUGGCUCAGAGUACAAAAGGAGCUCGAGGAGGAGCGCAGGCGCAAGGCAGAAAUCGGCCAGCAGAAAGAUGGCAAAAGUCUCUAUGAAGUGCUGCAGCAGAACAAAAUGGCCAAGCAAGAGCAACAUGAAGAGAAAAUGCGACUGAAGAAUCAAUUCCGCGCGCUGGACGAAGACGAGGUAGAGUUCCUUGACUCGGUUCUGGAAUCGACUCGGGCUCAGGAAGAAGCCGUCAAGAAAGAUACCGCAGAUCAACUGGAAGCCUUUCGCAAGCAGCGCGAAGAGGCGGAGAAAGCCGCGAUGGGAUCUGCCUCGUCGGAGGUCACACCGGCACCGGCCGAGGAGGAAGACUGGGCCAUUUCUGCCAAGAAGAGGAGACGAGAUAAAGGCAAGGAGUCGCUUCUUCCUGGAAAGAGACGAAAGUCGUCCACGGUGGAGGAAAGGGGAGAACCACAGUCUUCCAAGACAGGGAUGUUGAAGGCCGAGAAUCAGCCUGGAAAGACAACACCUGCGCUUGCGCAUGCCAAUGCGAAUGAAAAGAAGACACAGGCCAAGGAUGCCCCUUUGGCAGUAUCGGAAAGCUCUAGAACGGAAUCUCCCAAGCUGACUCCGUCUGCACCAUCUGCCUUGGGCUUGGCGGGAUAUGGAUCGGAUUCGGAUUCGGAUUCGGACUGA